AUGCCUGGUCCCGAUACUAUUAAGCAACGCCACGCACGGCCUGAGAACUCAAACGGCGAAAAGCAGGCCAUGACCAACCCAUCACCUACAACACGCACCGUCAUGCUGCAUGAUAUUCCCGAGUGGCGGCGAGACAACAAGUAUAUCCUCACCGGUUAUCGCCCUUUGGAAGCAGACUAUUUACAAGUCAUCAAAAGUCUCACUUUCUUGCACAAUGAGACUUGCAACGUGUAUACCCACUUGAUCGGCGCUGUGCUGCUGCCACUCUUUGCGGCCUCCAUUCUCCGAGCCAUCUCUGGGCCACAGUACAUUAACGUCACAAGAACCGACUUCAUCAUGUUCAGUGUCUUCUUCUGUUCCGCCGAGAGCUGUCUGAUCUUUAGCGCCGUGUAUCAUCUCAUCGGAAGUCACUCACGCGAGGUGGAACAAAUUUGGCACCGGAUGGACUUACUAGGGAUCGUCAUCGUCACCGUUGGAACCUUCAUCCCUGGAAUUUACUACAUCUUCAACUGCGAGCCGUUUCUGCAGAAGAUUCACUGGACUAUUGUGGUUCUUUGCGGAUCUGCCACGGCAGUUCUCAUCUCCGUCCCCAAGUUCAGGACACUGAGAUGGCGGAAGGUCAGGGUCGGCGCCUACGUUGCACUCAGCGCGUCGGCUUUUAUCCCUUUGUUGCAUGGCGUACAAGUCUAUGGGUUAGACUAUAUGCUCGAGUAUUCGGGCAUGAGAUGGUACCUUGUCGAACUCCUUCUGUACGGGGGAGGCUGUGGCCUCUAUGCAUUCCGAGUCCCUGAGCGUUUUGCGCCAGGCCAUUUCGACAUCUGGUUCAGCUCACAUCAGAUCUUUCACAUCUCGAUUCUAUGCGCCAUCCACAGCGACGUCACCCCUCGUUCCACCAAACCAUCUUACACGAUACCCAGCGAUAAGAAAGCCAAACAAACAGAACAAACUUUUGUCAACAAGAAAAAAGACUCGCCCAUCGGGGUUGGAGCAACCAUGUUGUCAAGGUUUUUCAACCGGGCGUAUGCCGCCGCCAUGUCAUCCCGCGGAGAGUACCAACCCCUCCCAAACAACGAUGAACCGGAAAACAACACCAACACCAUGGAGGGACAAGAGGCCAGAGCUGAGAGCUAUCGCGAUGCAGCGGCCAUGCUGCUCAUCAAAAUGGGCCGUUCGCCGGAUGAGCAGAUUACCAUUUCGCCAGCUGACGAUGCACGCAUUUUACGGCGUAUUGACAUUGCGUUGCUCCCCCUCAUGCUCUCGGUAUACUUCCUCCAAGCCUUGGACAAAGCAACGUUAUCAUAUGCCUCAAUAUUCGGGCUUAUCGAAGACACCAACCUCGAAGGUGAUCAGUACUCAUGGCUAGGUAGUAUUGUGUAUCUCGCGCAAUUAAUAAUGCAACCGCCUCUCGCCCUCGCAUUGGUCAAGUUACCCAUUGGAAAACUCACAAGCGCCAUGGUUCUGGCGUGGGGAGUCACGCUUGUUCUAAUGACUUGGGCGAGCAAUUUCAAGACUUUGAUGGUUGCGAGGUUCUUCCUGGGUGCGUUUGAAGCUAGUAUUGGGCCGAGCUUCAUUGCAAUCACGCAGAUGUGGUGGAGGAGAAGAGAGCAGACUUUGCGGAUUGGAUCGUGGUACUGUAUGAAUGGGUUGACGUGGGUGCUUGGAAGUCUUAUCACUUAUGGACUCGCGCGCAUCGAUUCCAAGAUGAAGCCGUAUCAGAUAAUCUUCCUCUUCUUCGGCGCAAUCACAGUGGGAGUCUCCUUCGUCAUGUUCUUCUGGAUGCCCGACUCACCCACCGAAGCCAAGUUCCUCACCGACGAAGACAAGAUCAUUGCAAUCGAGCGUCUUCGCAACAACCAAAUGGGCGUCAUGUCUCGGGAAUGGAGAAUGUCUCAUGUUGUUGAGACACUGAAGGACCUCAAGACAUGGUGUUGGGUUGCCAUGAUCUUCUGCAUCUCAGUGCCUUCAAACGGUAUCUCAACAUUUGGGCCUCUGAUCAUCAAGUCAUUCGUGUCGGAUCCCUUUGAGACAAUGUUGUUCAAUGUUCCUGUUGGAGUUUCACACAUCAUCGCUGUGUCGGCGAGUGCUUAUAUCGCCAUGAAGUGGAAGCUCAAGGGCCCUGUUAUUGUCAUGCUGUGUAUACCUCCCAUCGUUGGGUGUGCCAUCAUGUUACACUUUGAGCAUAAUCUUGGGAAUAAAGGGGUUUUGCUGGCUGGCUAUUUCUGCCUGUGCACAUACACUGGUAUCACACAAAACACGGCGGGCGACACAAAGCGCAAGUCCACAUCAGCACUCAUCUUCAUCAGCGCCUCAGCCGGCAACAUCGUCGGUCCUCUUCUCUACUCUCCCGACGAAGCACCAGCCUACACCCGCGGUCUCCGCUCCAAUCUCGCACUCUACAUAGCCGUCAUCGCUCUCGUAGUGAUAACUUCACUGCACCUCACCCGAUUGAACCGCCUCCACAGCCAACGCAGAGUCGCGCUUGGAAAGAGUGCCGUGCUGGUAGACCGGAGUCUUGAAACCGCGGAAGAGGCGGAGAGGAUAGAACACAUGGAAAGAUCAUUGCGUAGGGGGGUACUGCGUGAAGCAGAAGACAAUGAGGAUGGUAGGGUUGCCGACGUGGGAGAUUUGGAAGGGGAUAGGGCGGAUCGGAAGGAUGAAGAUAAAGGGUUUGGUGAUAUCACGGAUUUGGAGAAUGAGGAUUUCUUGUUUGUGUUUUGA